AUGUCCAAGCGUACGAAGAAGGUCGGCGUUACCGGCAAGUACGGUGUCCGUUACGGCGCGUCUUUGAGGAAGCAGGCCCGCAAGAUCCUGCUGUUGCAGCACACGGCGUACAACUGCCCGUUCUGUGGAAAGGACGCCACCCGCUGGAAGGCCGUCGGCAUCUGGGAAUGCAAGCGCUGCAAAAGGCGAGUUGCCGGAGGUGCGUGGUCGUUGGGCACUUCAACCGGUGCGACCAUCAAAUCCACCAUCGAACGUCUCUACAAGCAGAACGUUGAGGCGCAGUAA